ACCAAAACCGAGGCUAGAAAACGUACCGUGAAAAGGUCUCUGCAUAUCUACAACCGGACAGCCUCUGAAGUGGAAUUGAGACUUUAAGAUUCUGACGCGGUACGCCUCCUCUACAAGCGAAACAUUUGGGUAUGCGUCUCAGAAGAAGGAGGACAUUCUUGGCGGAUAUCUUAGUCUCACUCGCCAAUGCUCUAAUUUUAGGUAGAAACAAAACACUGCAAUGCCUUUCAACAUCUGAUUAUUAUCUCCUGGAGAGCUAUAAGUACCUGCUUCUCCAGCUGACACUAUUCUCAGUCGCUUUCUCCCUAGUCUCGUAGGAAGUCGACGACCAACUCAGUAACUUCAAACUCUUUGUUCACCAUGCGAGGCUUAGCCUUUUACCUUCUUUCCAUUUGUACUGUCUUGGUUUCUUCUACUCAAGUCAAAUUACACAAGACAACUGUGGUAGGAAGGGACGUUACAGGACUAAAACAAGACUUUUUCGGAGGUAUACCGUACGCGGAGCCACCCCUUGGGCCAUUGCGUUUGCAACCACCAGUGUUGAAACCAUAUCUUCAUGAGGAAACCUUUAAUGCAAGCGAUUUUGGAUUGUCCUGUCUCCAACCGGGAAUGUCUAGGGACCUUAUUUCAGAAGACUGCUUAACGAUAAAUGUUUUUCGUCCGAGUGGCGUGACUGAAGAAUCGUCUUUACCCGUGCUCUUCUGGGCGUAUGGUGGCGGCUUCCAAACAGGUUCUUCAUCUGCGUUCAACGGUAGUGCUAUCGUUGCUCAGAGCGUUCUAAGAGAAACAUCUGUCAUUUAUGUUAGUUUCAACUAUCGUCUUGGGCCCCUCGGCUUCCCCCAAGGGAAGGAAGCUGCGUCCCGAGGCAUACUGAAUCUCGCUAUCAAGGACGAACUUGCGGCACUGGAGUGGGUUCAGUUAAACAUUGGCGCGUUCGGAGGAGACAAGGACAAGGUGACGAUCUUCGGAGACAGCGCAGGUUCUAUCAUGACAUCCAUACUCUUUUUACAUCCGUUCAUUUCCAAGUUUGCUAGAGCAGCGAUAUUCCAGUCCGGGUCGGCUUCCACGUCCCUCACAUUCAACGCUCAAUGCCGAGAAGACUCCUGGACCAAUUUCGUUGAGGGCGUACCGGUCUGCAGCUCCUUCGUUGGAACGUCAUUUACAGUGGACUGCUUGCAGCAUGUGAACUCUUCAGAUGUUUAUGACGGGCUGUUGCAGGCCUUUGCAGAAGCAGACGAACAAUUCCCAUUCGAUCCUACACUCGAUGGUCCCCAUGGUCUUUACCCAGGUUUGCCUUCUGAGUUGCUUCCCCGUGGCCAGUUCGCCCGAUUACCUUUUAUCGCCGGUACAAACUUGGACGAAGGAACUGCGUUCUGCCCCCCGCAGUUGAACUACACCAACGAGUUGCUCGCAGAGAUCUUGAACGCAAAUUUCUCUCCGCCAGCGGUCCCUCCGCAAAUUAUAGACGAAUUGUUGGCAUUGUAUCCUGAUGAUCCCGCUGCCGGUUCUCCUUACAAUACGGGCGAGGAGACAUUUGGUCUAGCGCCUCUCUAUAAGAAAUGCGCCGCUUUGACUGGCGAUUUAACGUUUGAAUUCCAAAGACGCAACUGGAUUCAAACCACUACAAAUGCCGGCGUCAAAGCGUUUGGUUAUCGCUUUACAGAGCCUCUUUCCGUUGUCCCGCCGUAUCUCGGAGUUGCCCAUACCACCGAAAUCCCAUUCGUCUACGGCAGUGUGGAGGCUCUCGAUCAACCGCCUUCAGCAAAUGCGCUGAGCGUAGCGAUGAUUGACUACUGGGUGUCUUUUGCAACGUGUUUGGACCCUAACGACGGUCUUGGUUCAGAGCGUCCCCUGUGGCCUCAAUAUACACCGAAUCAACAGAUGCUGCUGCAAUUAAACGGCGAUAACCUGACCGCCAUACCCGACGAUUAUCACAAAGAGAAGAUUGAUUUCAUCAUUUCUCAAGGUGCCGUCUUCCGCCAUCGUCAUUGAUAGUGAUUGGCGCAAUGUACAACUACGAAUAUCGAUAUAAAACAGAUACCUAGAUGAGGCAUUGAAAUUUUUGAAGACUCAAUUCACUAUUUGUGUGAUCUUUGAU